AUGGAAACUAUCAACGAGCCAAGAAUUUUAUACAGAGAGUUCUUUCUGGAAACAGCUUUUCAGAGAGCUCACAACAACUGGAAGCACCAGACAGCGCAAUUAGGCCCAAUGCAGUUUAAUUCAGAUUGGGAAGAAACCCUAAAUGACAUCGACGAGCUGAUACAGUCUGAGCUAGGAUGCUCACUGUCAGGCCUUUCUCCGUAUGAUGUAGCGCAUCUUUCAAACAAGAUUGAAUCGCGAGAAAGUUAUACGCAAUUUAAGACCAAGACGAGCUCGAGCGACCCCUCGAAAUGGAAUCUCUCAGGAAAUAUGAAUAAGAUCGUUCAUGCUCCUCAGAAGUCCACUGCAGCCAAGGCUACUGGACAUGUGAACAACAACAAUGAGGACAUUGUGGAAGUGCAAAUUUUGGAUCUCAGGGAUGUUUAUGAAAAGAAAACUAAGAAAGGACCCAAAGGCCUGGAAUAUCGCCUCGAAAACCCAAAAGUAAUGGUAAAGGUGCACGCCGACCUGGAAAUCACUGAAGUAUGUGCAUUUGUAAAGAGGUGCGCCAGAGCUGCCAUGAGAACCCACGACAAUAGAGCAAAAAUACUUUGUUCACUGAGCAUUACACCCUUGUUUAACUUCAAACGAAAAUCAGGUGCUGUUAAACUUACAGUCAGUGUUUUGGAAAAGGAGAAGAAGCGACAAGUCAUUUCUGUAGAUCUCGGUUCAGUCUACAUGAACCAAGAUGGAGACAAUUUUUAUUGGUUGGAGAAGGCAGAUGUCACUGAACGGAACAAAUGGGAAGUAACUCUUAAGAUAGAUUUAGUUUCUGGACUGACAGCAAGGGCGACAUCCCGACCAUUUCGAGUAACGACGAAAGUGAACUACAAGAGAAACAUCCAAGAUUAUUCCAGCGUGGGUAAAGUGCAAAACCUGAUUUGCAAUGUCAUGAGAUCAAACCAGACUUCGUCAGACAAUGAUCAUGUUAAUGAUGAUGUAUUCCUUGAAAGCAAUGAAAUGGAAAAGAAUCAUUUCAGGCAAAUGCAAGACACAAGGGCAAUGGCGGAUGAUAACGACGAUAAUCUGUUGACUCACAAUCUAUUGUGUUUUAAACUCGAUGAAACAGAUGACUGGUGGUCGAUAGCUUCUUCGAACAAUGUGAAUGACUCAAGCUCAGUGCUAAGCCCUCUAGCACAUGAAAGAAUAAUUCUGCAACCAAACACAAUUCUACAGAGACCCACGGUUGCAUCAUAUUUCGGUCAGAAAUCAGAGAUCAGUUGCAUUAUGGAACAACCUGAGCUUAGUGGUUUGCUAAAGCUGGUGAGAAAGCGAACCACUGAAGAGAGUGCAACCAUUAAACAAGAAAAGAAAACCAGGAGGAAGAAGUCUUUACUCGAUGCAAACUACGCAUGGGCUUGUGGAUACUGUUUUUUCGAACGUCGCAAGAAAUCAACAAUUAGGGCGCAUUUGAUCCAAGGAGUUUGUCAAAGAUCAAGAUUAUAUAGACGAAAGUCAAAGAAACGCCGUUCCUUUUCAGCAAGAGGGCGUCUUUUAAGUAAUGGCUUGGAAAAUUCUGACCUCGAAAAACACAAAGGGCGGUCAAAUAAAUAA